UCACUAUGUUGUUUGAUAAGAGGCACUGUUUGCAUAUUAUGAAUUAUACUGUUUGUUGAUGACCUCUGUGCUAGUCGUUUUUGCUCUGGUCUAUAAUGAAGGUGAUUGUGUUAGGAGCUGGGAUAAACGGCACAACAUGUGCGUUGAAAAUAAAAGAAAAAUACCCGGAUUAUGAUGUAACGUUGUUAGGUGCGCAAUUUAGCCCAAACACUACUGGGGAUGGCUCAGGAGGCCUUUGGUACCCUUACCUUUGUGGAAAAACACCAGAAGCUUUGAUUAGAAAAUGGGGUAUGGAAACCUACGGUCUACUUCUUAAUCUUUGGCGGCAAGGUGGUUAUGGAAUAAGCCUACAACCAGUUUUCGUGAUGUAUAGAGAUGGGACACACUCAGCGCCAGAGUGGACCAAUCACGUUUUUGGUUACGUUGAGCUAGACCAGAAACAGUUGGAGUAUUUUAAUAAACUCUUUUCUGUUCAGUAUGUAGCUGGCAACACAUUUAACACGUUUGUUGUUAAUCCAUCCACACUUUUGAAACGACUCGAACAACAAUUAGACGAAUUGAAAGUUACAAGAAAGCAAGGCAGUGUGAAAUCCCUGACGGAUCCCAUGUUAAGGGAUUAUGACGUUAUUAUAAAUUGCACGGGUCUAGGAGCUCGGGAAGUAGUCCCCGAUGAAAAAGUGCACCCAAUAAGGGGACAAAUACUUAAGGUAGACGCGCCUUGGGUGUUCUACAGUAUCCAAGACAAAUGCUCGGGUCACUAUAUAAUACCAAACGACACAUUUUGUGUACUUGGCGGUACUGGUCAAGCGAACAACUACAGUACCGAGGUGAAUAGCGAUGACACAGAUUUUAUUGAAAGAGGCUGCCACAGUUUAAUACCGUCAUUAAAAACCGCGAACAUACAAAAAUACUUUGUUGGAUUAAGACCAGCCAGAGAUGAAGUUCGCGCAGAAGCUGAGAGGAUAAACGGAAAAUUGUAUAUUCACAACUAUGGUCAUGGUGGAAGCGGAUUUACCUUAUUUUGGGGAUGCGGCAGUACAGUUUUAGAAUUAUUUGAAAAGAACGUGGCUAUAAAUAAUACAAGCAAAUUGUAAUAAAAAUAUUUAUCAAACAAUGUAUAUAUAUCGAAUAUCUUCGCACCAUAUCCUUUGGUUAUAAAACUGGCGAUAAUCAGAUCUGAAUAACAAUUUGAGUAAAUUUGUACGCGAUUUAGCCUUUAUUGUAUAAAUCUAUAUUAUGAUCAUUAAAAAAAAUAAACAUUUAACAAACUUAUCAUAUUACCUUAA